AUGGAUAAGGAAAGGAGACUCAUUCAGAUUCGUGGUAGUGGACUCAAUCACUUUGUGCUGUAUUCUGCGUUGCUACGUUUGAUUGACCCCGUUCGAGGCGACCCAACUAGAUUACUCGACGAGAAUCCAGAUAGCAGUCUUUUGAGCGCGUCGCAACUCAAGAAAAAGUUUCUCGACUCAUUUGCUCUUAUCUGCGCCACCUCGGACAAGGGGGCAGAAACAGCCGCAGCUGUGUGUUUAGAAACAAAUCAACAAACGGGGAACAUACUACGUGUGGCGCGAAACCAUGGCUUCUGCCCGAAUGUUCUGGCAAGCCUUGAAAAUGUCCUCCAGUUGCUUCGAGACGUGGCUAGAAAGGGUACUUGUUUUCUCAACAGUCUGCUGAAUUUUACUGAUAUCGCGACUGCUACAGAGAAGAUCUCGGCGCAUGCAGAGACUGAGAUGCUACAGCUGGUUGUCAAGCUCGAUAGAGACCGAAUAUUGUCGAUCGCCGAAAAAAUUGAGAAGCGAGGCAUACGGGACUCUCUGGAAAAAGCGAGCUCUAGACUGCAUAGUGGUCGUGCCAAGGCAGAGAAACUCUCAGGUUGGGUGGCGAAUCAUCCUUUCACCGCUCCUCCUCAAAAUUGGAGUGAUGCAACUACAGCUAUGUUUAUUGAUUGGGCGGCGCAAGCCAGGUGGCAUCAUGCUGCACAAUUGCAACCUCUACUAAGCAAUGAUGACACAGGAAACCAAUUUUGGCUAAAACAUUUACACAAGGUUGCUCGCUACCAUUCUGCCAUUAAAUCCAUGGUAAAGCUUGCCGUAAAGGAGCCUGAAAUCUUCGCGCAAAUCUCCAUCAAAGGGUCCAGGGCUCCUAAGCAGCUUCACUUUAGAUACCCCUAUGAUGAGAAUCCGCUACUAACCGUUCGAAAUAUUGUGGGGGCAAAUUCGCGUCCGGUGAUGGAGCAGUUGGAGAAUCGCUUGGAUACGUCGAACCUCGAAGCGCGGCUACGUCGAGCUUGUCGACUGGAUCUGACACUUCAUGCCGAAAUGCAACUUGUUGUAUUCUAUGAAGGUAACCCUGCUCACAAUCCCUGCAUGCGGUUUAUCGGAACGAGCAAAAAGGCAUGCUUCCUCUGCGAUAAGUACAUGCGCCUUCAUCCAUUGAGACUUCAGACUUCGGCGUCCCACCAAAAGAUCUAUCCAUCGUGGAUGCCACCACCAUACUAUGGGACUACCGAAACGUCGAUAAGAACUCCUUUCAUGAAGCUGAGUAAAGAAAUCGAAGAAUUAGCAACGCGCGAGCUGAAGCAUGGCCUUACUGUUCCCCGGCGGGUUUGGAACCAUGAUUCAACUGCAGGGCCGUCUUUAACGGCGACGGCUACAGUGCCUACGGAAUUGCGAUCGGUAGGAGCAGGUCGGAGAAAGGUCACGGCCGUUGAUAGUAGUUCUUCUGAAGAUUCAGAAUGA